UUUAUAUAUGAAAUCUUGGCGACAUUUAAAAAUGGACGACGUUGCUGUCAACUUCAACCUAAGUACCUGACCCUUCGUUCUUUUGUAUAAAACAUCAAGCGAUUCUUUACCAUUAGAUCAGGUGUUCACUUGGGAUGUGACGAGGAAUCGCUAACUAAAAUAAGGAAAAAUCCAUCUCUAAAUUGUGAACUGACUGCUAAUUAUCAUGUCACCGGGGAUCAAUGAUCACCCAUACAACACUGGUACGCUACCAAAAAGUAACAGACGCAGUGAUAGAAAUAGACAAAUUGUUGACAAUACAGUGAAUAACCAAGAGAAUAACUGGAUUACUAAUGACAGGGGACAUUAUCGAGCACCUCCAACACUAUCACAACAUGCAAACAACUUGUCUCAGGUCGACUGGCAUCUAGUGUACCAGACUGCGCCGCCACCACCAACAUCGUCCGCAAGGAGUGGCAAAAACAGUAACACUAGGUCGACUUACCCACCGCCGGCCCCUGCUUCUUCCACUGGAUCGUUGGAUUUCAGAGAUUUCGGACCCUACAACAAUCACAAUCGAUAUCCAAAUCUUUAUUCUCAACCCGAGAAUAUCAUACCCUGGUUGAAAAUGACAUCUCCACAUCAACCACCACCAAAUUUCGCGGAGAAACCUACCAACACGGAUAAAAUGCCUGAAAGAUAUCAAGUGGAAGGACGGUUAAAUCAAAUCAGAGAAUACAUAAAAGUAACUACGUCAAUGAUGGAUUCGCUUAGUCGAUCAGCUGAUCCUCGAGCGCAAGCCCAAUAUGAAAAACUAAAUAAAAUGGUGGAGGAUCUUUAUGAUAGCGAACGAAAACUUGGAAAGCUUCUGGAGGAGAGUCAAAAAUAUUGGGGACCUAAUGAGAACGGCGAGAUGGUCUAUGACGAAGGCCGCGAGCAAGAACUUCGGAAGAAGAUCGACGAGUCUCAACGUAAACUCAUCCAGUUACAGGAGCAUCAGGCUCAUCUUGUUGCAAUGCAAAUGAGAGUUCGCGAGCGUCUGAAUGAAGCACGCCAUGCUCAACAGACACUGCUAGCGUCAGAGUCCGAGGAACGCGAGGAAGAAGAGGAAAUCGACCCUGAAGAAAGAAACGGUAUAAUCAAUGGACAGGUGACUCAGGGUAAUGUAGAUCAACUAGAGCGCGAGACGGAAGCGUUGAGAGGCAAACUACAACAGCUUGAAAACAAGAAAAAGCAGAUGGAUCAUUUGGUACAUGAGCUUCAAGACAUUGAACUUGGAAGCUUUAGAUCGGAAAGCUCCAAACUUGUACCAGCUCAACAACGUGACCGUGUUUCCGAACUAGAAGCAAUGAAAGCUCAACUUCAACAUCUUAAAACGUUGAUGAAUGAAGCCACUCGUGUACAAGAAAAUAGUGAUGUCCAACCAUCGGAAUUUGAUCACGAAGAAAACAAUGCUGUAGCUGCAGCAUCCAAUGAAGUUUACCCUACCGAGGAGAAUGGUCAUGAGAUCGUUUCUGAGGACAAAUCGAGACCUACUGUUGAGCAAAUUCAGGCUGUCACGAACGAAUUAAAAGAACAGCAACAAUUACUGCUUGCUGCUAGAGCUGAGCUUGUGAGGUUGAAGCAACAACCAUCAAUUGUUAGCUCUUCUCCACCAGCGGAGAAGAAACUAAGUAAUAAUAAUGCAAGAUGUACACAGAAUAAUCAACGGCAGUUUGAAGAGCUUAACAGAAAGGAAUCGUACCCAAGUUUGCUUGUUAAUCACAAUACAGCGUCGGAUGGUUGGAGUAAUCGUAGAGAAUGCAAUUCGCUACCUAAUAGUCAGGCAAGCACUGCUAACCUUUGGGCUCCAUCAUCCAACAGCAUGAAUGGACCUCACGAACACAAUGUAGAUACCAUGUCGGCGCAAGAGACUUUAUUGGAAAUCGGAUCUCAACCUCCACUCGAUAAUGGAAAUAAUUUUUGGGGUAUGCCACCCCUGAUCACUAAUCAACUACCUCAAAGUGCAACAGUAGGCUCAGCUGAAUAUUAUAGACAGCUUUUACUUGGAUCUCAAGCUCAACAGUUGCAAAUGCUAACCACAACUUUGCAGCAGUGUUGUCAACUUCUCUGGUCUCAACAACGGGAAAUGCAGUCUAUGAGAGCUGCCAUAAAUCAGCUUCAGGCUCAAUUGCGAUAUUCGCAAUCACGAACCAGUAACAACCUCGAGUUGCAUGAAGAGCAUCAUUCAAAUCUCGUUCGCCCAGCAACGCAGCAACAUUUUAGUUCAAUCGAAGCCGUCACUUUGCCACCAAGUUCAUCUUUACCGAAUCUCAUGUCGUUACCAGGUGCAUCACCUGCACCACCACCAGCUAUUUCAAUAAUGUCGAAUUGUCAACAACAGCAGCAACAGUUGAAUAAUCAAGUGCCACCAGGAAAUCGAGCAAACAACUACUGGGAUAAUUUCAGAAGUUACUCAAGGCAAAACUUACUCUCUGGUACUUCAAAAACUGCAAUCGACGGCGCAACAGCUCAUGUGAUUUCUUCCACAACAGUUAGCCAUCCACCUUUAAACAAUAAACGCAAUCGGCAGCAAACACUAGAGAACUUACCAUCUCAGCCAUCUGAAGUGCACUAUACUUUGAAUUUGCAACCUCAACAAGAUCGAGAAUCCACAGCUUCAGCACCGAGAAACAACAUUAUACUUACCAGUGAACAGCAGUCACAACAGCCUGAAAAUAUUGGCGCAGAAGCAAGUGGUACCUUGCGUUCUGAAGAAAGAACUGAUGAUGAAUCGUAUACAAGAAUUGCGAAAACGAUAAGCGAAAGAGAAGAUUUGAGACUCAUUUUAAUGCAUUUCCUUAAGGUUUUGGAAAGUGGAAAACAAAACGUCAGUCCUUUGCCAUCAUCGAAUAUGAGUAAUAGCUCAGACUCAAGCGAUGACGAAUCAGAUGCUGGGCCUUCAGGAAAUUCAGCAGUACCGAUUGAAAAUAUUCAUAAUCAGAAUCGGCGUCCUACCGUAAUCGUAGAUCCACAAUUAGAAUCCACUUCCAGUCAUUCAAAUGAUGUACAGGAAUCACUUAUAUCUGAAAAUGCUGUCUCCUUGCCAUCGAUAUCAUCGACAAUCGGAACUGUAGGCAUGGUCGAGUCUAAUGAGCUUAACACCGAGUCUUUGAAUAAUGAACCUGUUAACAGCGUUUAUAUGAGUGAUGGGAAUGAUAUAACAUCUGGUGUUACCGUCGAGUAUUCAUCCAUCCCUUCUGACAUAUCUAGGAUAUGUCAAUUGGUUGACGUGAAUGUUGAAGAUGAAGAUGAGCGUGUUGAGUUUGUGAUGCUCGAUCGCGGAUCACAAACUGUUGUUGGAGGCAUGAUGGAUGAUCUGCAAAAAUAGUUUUGUUGAAUCGUCGACAGACCAUGGCAGUUUUUUAUCUUACGAUCGACUGUCAUUUUUCCUGAUGCACAUAUACUUAAUGGUUUUCAUAUUAUUAUUAUUAUUUUCUUAUGUUGAGAAAACGUGAGGGUUAUUACCGAUUGUCAGUAUAUUUGAUUUUUAAGUUAUUAAUAUUUUAUUGAAAAGUUAAUUAAUUAACAUUAAACUUACAAGAUUUUUUAUUUAUAUUUUUUAUUUUGCUUAAAAAUGUUUACUCGUUUUUCUAAGACAUAAUUCUAUUUGAAUGUCACUGAUAACUUAGUUUUCUUUCUUUAAGCUAUCAAAUAAUUUUAAUUCGAUUAGUAAAUUCUUGUGUUGUCUAUAGCAAACUUCUAAAUAAGCUAU